AAUGCUUCCGCGAAAGGAGGUCGUAAUGGACAAGGACGACGCGUCGAACUUUUUUGGGAUUAUCGGAGAUAACAUCGAUGACGAGUGUUAUGAAGAGGGAUGUACGUUUAAAGAGGUUAUGAAUUACUAUGGUCAAUCGGAACCUUCGCACGAAUAUUGGAACACCUACCAAUGCAAGCAAUUUAAAAAGGAUUGUAAAGAUGUCGCUUGUCGCGGCAAUCCCCUGGGAAUGGAAAAUGAUGCAAUCUCUGGCGGAGGAAUUCUUGCCUCUUCUUGGUAUUCACCGUAUAUCACUUUCGCUCCAUUUCAAGGACGACUGAACAAUCAGAAAGGUUCUUGGUGUGCAAACAGACCAGAAAAGGAUCCGAAUCCAUACCUCCAGGUCGAACUUCCUCAGCGUUCUGGAGUCUGCGCAGUAGCCACGCAGGGAUCUUCUCAAUACUAUACAGAUUACGUCACGAAAUACGAGAUUCAGACGUCACUGGACAGAGAGAACUGGGAAACAUACAAGGAAAAUGGUACAAACAAGGUUUUUUCCGGUAACACUAACGCCAAGGACAUGUUAAAAAUUAACCUGGAUCAACCGGUUUUAGCCCUGUUUAUCCGGUUUGUUCCCAAGGAAUGGCACAGCUGGCCGUGCAUGCGCGUUGAGGUCUAUGGCCAACCUGCUAAUUGCACUGUAAGGACAACAGACAACAAAUGCUGUGUGUUUCCGUUUCUGUACGAAGGAGAAAGGUUCUUCGCAUGCACAUCAAGCUCGUUUACUUUUGGAAGGAAGUGGUGUGCAACAACAUACAACUAUGAUAAAGAUGGCGAAUGGGGAGACUGCUUAGAUGAAAGCUUGAAAUAAAAGUGAAUAAAGAUAGUCCAGAGGUCAAGUCGUGCACAACAGUAGCGGAUUGUCUCCUUAGAUAAACAGCUUGUGCCUGACUGUGUCGUUAAAAUCUUUGAAUACAAUGUUAAGAUAUAUAUAGCCUUUAUACACAGAAAACCUCUCAAGUGUCAUUGUUCUUUCUUGUAGUAACGCCUUCGUGGCGUUGCUGAUAUAUUUUAGCAUAUAUUUAAUAUAUGUUAUAUUUAUAUAAUUUAACUGUUUUUAAAAAAAGUUUCCCCAGGGGAGGAAGGUGCGGCAGCUAAUGAAUCCUCAUACCGUUCGGUUUCGAACUCUGCCCGGGCUCCUUGUAUUGUUUUCUUGGUCGAGGCACUUAAACUUCACAGUGUUUGUCUCUAACAGUGAAUAUGAAACUAAUUGGCCCGGCGGUACUCCCUUAUAUGGGCUAUAUGGGUAUGUGCGGCCCCAAAGGGUAGGUUUUUUCAGCCGUUUUGGUCAUAAAAGGUAGCGAUUUUGGCCAUUUUGGUUGUAAAUAAGGCAUGGUUUUGUACGGUAGUCUUGAGUUGGGUAUGUUGUUUAGAAGAAGCUCCUCAAAAAUUAUGUUUAGGGCAACUGUGCCAGC